CUUCGGAAAAAGACAUGCAUUGACUCCUCCACGUGUAUUUUCUAGGGCAGGGUAGUGUGUACUUGGGAGUCUCUCUGGAAUGACGCAUACGUUCCUCUUAACGGCAGUUGUCACUCACUCGCUCAAAUGGACGCUUCCCCCGUCAUUCCCAAGAGUUCGUCGGACCCCACCACCAGCCUCACCAUGGAGCCCGCCGCCAAGCGCCGCCACGUACCAAGUGAAACCAGUCUCUUCCGCGUCCUCUGCCCUACAACCAAAGCCGCAUCUCUCACCAGUCUCAUCCGCCACCUCCAAACCCUCACCGGCACCAAGAUCCACAUCAACUCAUUUUCCAGCUCUUCCGUCGAAGACGAGUGCGUCAUCCACAUAAUCUCCAACUCCAACAAUCACAAAGAUAGGGUUAGCACCGCCACUUGCGAGGAGGAGGAGGAGAACAAGGAGGAUGAGGAGGACAACGAGGGUUGCUCACCAGCUCAGCAGGCGCUGCUGAGAAUUUUCGACAGGAUGGUGAGGGUGUCUGGUGAUGAAAAGGAGAAAUUGAAGGAGAAUGAUCGGGAGUGGGAUGGAUUGAAUAGUCGUGAAGUAUUUAGUUGUAGGUUGCUGGUGGCGAGUAGUCAGGUAGGUUGCGUGCUAGGUAGGGGAGGUAAGAUUGUGGAGAAGAUACGACACGAGAGUGGGGCCCAAGUUAGGGUUUUAUCCAAGGAUCAUCUUCCGCCCUGUGCGUCCGCGGGUGACGAGUUGAUUCUGUUAACAGGGAACUUCUCAGCCGUAAAGAAAGCACUCCUGUCUGUUUCUAGCUGUCUUCAGGAUAACCCUAGGGUUGACACAACCAACUCUGGUUCUACUAAACCUUCAUUGGGCGUGCUAUACGGAACUUCCCUGCUACCACAUGUUGACCCUUUUCCUCACCGGGGUUUUUCAUCUAGCCUUCAUGCUGGAGAUUAUCAUUUGAGGGGUUAUUAUUCAUUUUCAGGACCUGAAAAUACUGGUGCUGGUAACAGAAUGUUUCUUGAAGAAGAGGUGAUAUUUAAAUUGUUAUGCCAACUUGAGAAAGUUGGUAGUCUAAUUGGGAAAGGUGGCUGUAUAAUAAGGGCUUUGCAAAGUGAAACUGGUGCGUCUAUCAAGAUCGCUGAUGCUGCUUGUGAUUCGGAUGAACGGGUUGUUGUGAUAUCAGCACGAGAGAAUUCUGAGCAGAAACAUUCUCCAGCACAGGAAGCUGUUAUUCAAGUGCAUUGUAGAAUUGCACAAAUUGGGUUGGAACCUGGUGCUGCUGUUGUUGCUAGGCUUCUUGUACAUUCGCAGCAGAUAGGUUGUUUACUGGGGAAAGGCGGUUUCAUUAUCACUGAAAUGAGAAGAGCUACUGGUGCUAGUAUACGCAUUUUUCCAAAAGAACAGGUUCCAAAGUGUGGUUAUCCAAAUGAUGAAGUUGUACAGGUUAUUGGAAGCUUUCAAUCCGUACAAGAUGCUUUGUUUCACAUAACAAGCAGGCUUCGUGAAACCAUAUUACCAAUGAAUCCGCUUUCUCCAAAUUUUGGUGCCCCGCCUUACUUGCCUCGUUUUCCAGAGAUGCCUCCUUUUUUCAGGCCAAGACAUAACCCAGCUUCCCCACGUAAUUAUCCUUCUCCAGUGGGACAUUCUCAUGGACAUGACAGGUCUGCCAUUCCUUCCCAGCCCCCUGAUUACCCAUCUUCAUUUUCACAUGGUACAGAUCGCAGUGGUCCGUCUAAUGGGGACCGAGUUCCCUAUCCUUGUGGGAGUGAGAGACCGGGACAUUGUUCUACUUUUGACAGACCAUCUUCUUCUCCAAGACCCUGGAAUCCUCAGACGAUUAGCAGUGGGAAUCAUAGGGGAACUUCUGAUGUUUUCGGCUUGGCUUCAAAAAAUGGGCCUCAUAGAAGCAGCGGAAGUCAAGCUCCUAUUCCAACCAGCACAAAUAUUGAGAUCACAAUUCCUGAAACAUGUUUGGGCCACGUUCGUGGAGAGAACAACAGUCACCUGACCCAGAUCCAGCAGUCCUCAGGUGCAAAGGUAUUGAUUCAUGACCUAAAACCUGGGGCUACAGAAGGUGUAGUUAUAGUAUCUGGGACACCAAAACAAACGCAUGCUGCUCAGAGCCUUAUUCAAGCUUUCAUUUUUUGUGGACAGACACAACCAUGACGACACCUGCUGAUAACUGGCAGUUAUUGGAAAUCUGUACAUGCUAUUCCUCCUCUUCUCUUCCCUGCAAUAACUGUAAAUAUUAUAUUAAAUAAGCCGUAAACGCUCAGGUAUAACUACAAUUAUUAAAAAAAUAUAUAUUAAAUUAACUUAUCAUACAUUGAAUUAUUUAUAAAUUGAAUAGAACUUUUAAAAGAGCA